AAAUAAGCCACUGUGACUUUAUUUCUUUCUCUGUGUUGCACUUUCUCUCUUUCCUUUCUAUUUUGAUAGAUUUAAUUUUUUAUAUAAUUUCAGUUACCUUUUUCUUCUUUUCCCUACAUCUUUCUAAAUGUUGCGUACAGUUAAGCCUAAAAAUGCUCGCUCCAAGCGUUUCUUGAAGAAUCGUGAAGCAAAAGUACAUGAAAAUCCCAAAAAUACUUUAAUCAUCAAAGGAUCUACAACAAGUCAAGUAAUCAAUGAUGCCUUGAAAGAUCUGUAUGCUUUGAAACGGCCCAAUGCUAUCCACUUUUCCAAAAAGAAUGAGAUCAAGCCAUUUGAAGACGAACAAAAACUCGAAUUCUUUUCAACUAAAAACGAUUGUGCACUUUUAGUUAUUGGAACGCAUUCCAAAAAGAGACCACAUAACUUAACAUUUGUUCGUAUGUUUAAUCAUCAACUAUUAGACAUGUAUGAGCUUGGUAUCGAAAAUGCUCAAUGCAUGGGCUCUAUUCCUGGACCUAAAUGUUCUUUGGGAUUAAAGCCCUUGAUGAUUUUCAAUGGUGAAAAGUUCGAUACAGACACAACCUAUAAACAUUUGAAGAGCUUCUUUUUAGACUUUUUCAAUGGUGAAGUGACAUCCGCUAUCAACUUGGCCGGUCUUGAACAUGUGAUCAGUAUAACGGCUACACCUGAUGAUAAUCGAAUCUUAUUCCGUACAUAUUUGGUGCAAAUGAAAAAGAGUGGAGUAAAGACGCCUCGUGUCGAAUUGGAAGAUAUGGGCCCUCACUACGACUUUGUGAUCAAGCGAACUUCAUUGCCCAAGUCUGAAAUGUGGUCUCAAGCUGUCAAGGUACCCAAGGAGCUUAAGCCAAAGAAGGUCAAGAAUCUCGAAAAGGAUGAGAUGGGUGAUACUUAUGGACGUAUCCAUCUUGGCAAGCAAGACUUUAACAAGAUUCAGACAAGAAAGAUGAAGGGUUUGAAAAAGAGAGCAGGAGAAGAUGAGGAUGAGGAUGAUGAAGAUGCAUCUCCAGCAAAGAAACCAAAGGUUUAGAUAGAUUUUGUUUUUGCUUUUUAUCUUCUCCUCUUCCAACAGAAAAAGGAAAUAUAAAUAAAGCUGUAAAAUGUAAAUAGUUAAACAAAAAUAAUCCGUUGAUAUGUGUGUAUGUGUGUAUGCAUGUCUGUUAUAAAGAGUGGGAGGUUUUUAUUACUACUACUACUACUACUAUUAUUAU